GAAAAAUUAUUUUUAAAGGACGGUUAUGAAAAAUCUACGCUACAAAUAACCUGUAUUAAUACACUUUUUACCCCCGUCAUAUUGUUUGCUUACCGAAGCACGCUAUGUAGUUUAAAUGCUAUUUCUUGAACCAUCAAAACAAAUAAUUCUCAAGAAAGUGAAACAGAAAUGGAAAAGAAGAAACUGGGGUGUUCAUCACGGUUUUGAUUUUAUUAUUCAGUUUGUUAAUUUUUGUUAGCAACGAUGUCAGAAAUUGUGGAUUGUAUUGCGUUUAUCGUUCGCAAAACAUGUUGGUCAUUGUACGUAUUUAUGAAAUUUCUCUUGUUGCGAUUUCUUGACUUGCUUGGACUGAUUUUCAAUGUGGCUGCUUGUUGCACAAUUAUUAGGCUACCAUUUAUGAUAGCUCAUUUUGUACACAUGCACUCAUUCGCGGAUUGGAGACUUAAUGGUUUGAUACAGCUUAUAAUAUUCAUAACAGAUCUUCCCAUCAUUUUAAUGGCGUUGGUUGUGUUUGUUACACUCAUACGAGUUUAUCCUUGUUGUAAAGACUUAAAAGAAACUUGGGAUGGAUGGAGAUAUUAUGACUUGUACUAUACAGGCAUUGGAAUUCGAAUUGUUGUCAUGCAGCACUUUUUCACCUUGUUUAUUGAUGUGUUCUGCAUACCUUCUGCAGUUAUCGUCUUAUUGUCAUGGAGAAGUUGCAGGUUUGUAACCAAAUUUAAAAAUGCUGAAAAUGAUUGGAAAAGAAGAAAACUUUGUUUUGUAGAAUGCGCACAGAUAUUUCUUGACAUACCGUUACUACUAGCUUUUGUUAUUGUGUGUAUUUCCUGGAGAUUGCCAUUUGUAAUAUAUGACAUUAAGCGUGAUACGAAAAAAGCACGUGGCUGGAACGAGAUACGAUUCCGUGGAUUAGAACAAAUGUUUUACCUUUUUGUGGACAUCCCAUGUUUCGUUUUGUUCUUGAUUACCAUUAUAUCAUGGCGAUCACCCAUACUGGUAUGGCAGUUAAAUGGUUACGACACAAGUUUUUUUAAGAACAGUGUACAAUGGCGACUAAGGUCAAUUGUAUUGCUGCAAUUUAUUUACUUAUUUGUUGACGUGCCAUGUAUAGUCAUGUCUGUAUUUCUUUUUGCAACUCUUUGGCGUCUCCCUUCAAUGUACAGUGGCAUAAAGAAAGUUUUAAGCGAAUCCUAUGAACGGAAAAAUUUUUAUAAAAAAGAGUUUAAAGCAAGAAAUGUGAUAUUACAACAAUUCGGAAUGAUUUUCGUUGAUUUGCUUUGCUUUGGUAUGGCUUUAUUUAUGCUGAUGACUUUGUGGAGGACAUAUCCACUGUUGAAAGAUUUUAAAAAGUACUGGAAAAAAUAUCGCAUGAGCACUGUUCAUGAAAGGGACACAUAUGGCACAUUUGAACAGUCAAAAAAAUUUAGUGUGAUCUCUUCCGACGCUAAUGUAAGCAGAGAUGACGAUGCGGAAAUCUGUAAUGUAAUGAAUAGUGAAGGGGCUGAGGUGGAAAAUGAACCAGAGCAGAUUGUAUCAACUGAUGUCGUGCCAAAACCUGAAGAAGAAGAUGAACAAAAACAUAAACCGUUGUCUUGGAAUAAAUUUACCUGGAAACUUCGUAAAAUGACGUGCAUCCAUUUUUUCAUGUUUUUCAUAGAUCUACCAGCUAUACCGUUGGCAAUUUUAUUAAUAGUGACAGUGCUUCGUACAACAAAGUUCAUAUCAGCUAUUUUAGGGAGUGGAAAUUUCUACAUGAUGUUCGCCAUCACUGUGUACUAUCAAACAGUAAGGUUUUUCCUAGAUUUAUGUUGUGUCUUAUUGUUUCUGGUGUUAAUGAUAUUAAGACCCGUUCAGUCAUGGGUGUAUUUACUAGAGGAUGAGGAACACAAAAAGUACAGACUUCUAGGUGAUAUUACUGUUUGGACGCCGGACAUUGUUGCUGAUAGAAUGCAUGUGUACGAACAUAUGAUGGAAAGUAUUGCGUUAGAUAUUAAACAUCUGGAUGUUGGUCAUCAAGUUGCACAAAACAAACUAACCACGAUUAUGGAUGUGCAUUUGGAACGACUUGACAGAUUGCGUUGCAGACUUCAGGAUAACGAAAUAGAAGACGAAUUUGGUUAUAUACUUUCCGUAGUUAUGUUUCAUGAACGAAAAAGAGUGAAUAAAAUAAUGCGUAAAUUUACUUUAGAACGCAAUUUCAUACAACGUGCUGAUACAGAAUUACAUGAUCUCAAUGUACUGGAAUGGACCAAUGAAAUGCGGAAAUUUAAUGAAAACCUCGAUGUUUAUUAUGAAAAACUUAAAAAUUAUAAACCUGAAAAGGUUCCUCUUUAUGAAACAAAGACAGGUUUGUCGUUGCGUACAAGAAAGGAGACACGUCAGGUGUUACUUCAUUGUUUACCACGUGGUAACGCUGUCACUAUUAUUAUGGCAUUGUUAUGUUGCAUACCUGUGUAUCGGAUGCCGACGAUGAUAAGAAAACUUUUCAGACAAUGGUAUAACCGAUUCGAGAUUGUUAUAAUCACCAUUAAAGAGUACGCUUUAGACGCGCUUGCUUUAUUGAGAAUCCUGAUUGUUCUUAUUUGUGUUUAUCGUGCUCCAAUGAUGUUGGUUGAUAUUUUUGAUUGCAUUGUGGAAAAACGAAGCUGGAAAGCAGUGAGACAUAUCACGAAGAAGUACCCUGCAGAAAUUGCAAGUGACAUCGUUAACAUGUUCGUGAUAGUAUUUAGUUGGGAAACUCCGAGGUUUCUCUUCACAGCUCUACUGUUCGGUUUACUGGUUCCUGCAGACUUGUUUAUGACAAUUGUUAAAAUAUUCAUAAAAGACAAAUGUUUGAUAUAUGUGUUAACACUAAUCAUAUACGUGAUCAUCAUGGGCUUCCCGUUCGUAUUUACUUUCUAUGCAGCUAAUUAUAUUCAAGAGCACAAAGAUGGAAGGAUGAAUGUCUUACUUUUGUGUGUGUUUUCGGCUGUUCUGCUGUUUCUUCUUUUACUCAUGGUGAUGGCUUUAAUUAAAGAUCAAAAGAAAACGUUUCUUUUGGAAAUGCCAAAAUGCGAUUAUGUGCGGUUAUCUUGGUAUAACAUUAACGUGUUUUUAUUUGAAAUCUUAGAAUUUUUACAAACAAUGGCGCUGACAUUUAAACUUCAAUCGAUACCUAUGUAUGGCUCUGAAACCUUGGAGAAUGUAUCCAAGUAUUUGUUGUUUUCGUUUUUACCGUUCGAAAGUAUUUUCUGGAUAACUGUGUUCUUGUUUGUCGUGUGGUUUUUCUUGUGCGCUGCACCUGUCAUACUGGAGAAUAUUUUGGAGAGUUUUCCUGCGGGCAGCUGUGCAAAACGGAGCAGUUGGAGAUUAGCCAUGUCGCUUUUUGCGAACACUCUGUUUGUGACCAUGAUUGAGAAUUUAACUUCGUUUUCUGCUUGCAGAUACCAAACUUGUCCAGUUGUUAAUUCAACGAGUCUAACAAACUACAGCAUAACAAAAUCAACUUUUAAUCAUUCCUCCUGUAUGACCUCAACUUUUAUGGAAGAUGAUUCAUUUCAAUGCUGGAAUGGAGAUCACAAAGGAUAUGCCGCAUUUGGUUUGGUUUCCUUGGCAUGGUAUUCAACAACGUCCCUUAUAUUCGGAACGCAGUAUGGUGAUCCGAACACAUCGAAACAGGAUAUCGGUUUUUCGCCAGUAUAUAAUACCGUUGUAAACAUACUAAAAGUAGCCAUGAUUACAGCAGUUACGAUCAUCACAGACCAGCACUUUGUAGUUGUUGGUGUAUUACUUGUAUGUAAUCUGCUGCUAGUUGUAUUCACAGUUACAUUUCGCCCCUUAUUCAAAUACAGUGCAUGCAACUUACCAAGUAUUCUCGUAUGGCGCGUGUUCACUUUUGUAAGCUGUGGAAUAGGAGUUAUAGCCGUUCUAGUUGCUUAUAUUCAAAACGAAAGCGAUUCAAAGAUUCCUUUGCUGAGCAUAUUUGUCGGUAUUUUUAUCGCUUUUGUUGUUUCUUUUAUAUUUGCCGUACGACUCCGACGUACAAGUGACAUUGAACGUGAUCGUGAAAAUUUCAAGAAGGAGAUUCUAUCUUUGGAAGGUCGACUGUUAAAGAAUGGUUGGCUUUCCAAGAAGUGGAAUACUGAUCGCAAAACAUGGUAUCGCUUACUGAAUAGUGUACGCGAAGCCAGUAGGAAAGACAAGAAUGCUGAUCCAAAGAAGUGGGAGUUACCGGAACUUAUGCCAGUUGUUGCAGAAUCAGAAGAAGUACCAGGUCUGUCACCGACUGGAACUAAUGUUAUUAGCGACUCCACAAUGACAAGUACGGGCGAUAAUAGGUGUUCUAUCAUGCUUCCGCAAUCGUCUAGCGAUGAUUUUGAGUCAGGAAAAAUACCUCCGCCGCCCAGUUACCAUCAAGCAAAAACAGCAGAAACUGUUAAUUUUACACCCAUUGAAGGUUUUGAAAUCUCUCUUGAUUUGUCUAAAUUGCAAAAGAACGGGAAAAACUUGCUGCUGACAUUGGAGAAACACAUUAUGUAUGAGGCUUACAGAUAUUCGUUUCUCACUCAAAGGACAGUUUGGCUUAAUGCUGUCAUUCAAAGUGACUGGUCUGGUUUACUUCAAUGUCUUCGUAUACUGAACAGGAAUAUUGAAGGGUCUUAUGAUAAACCGACUUUUUUGGAUAUUUCAUUGUCAAAACCAUCUAUUGACAGUGACAAGCUUCGGAGGGACCCACAAGACGAGCAAUUGCCUCCAACUGAAUUUGUUAAGCUCUCGAAAGAAGCUAUAGCGCAACAUUCUGAAGACUGUCGCCAGAAAGCAUUAAAUGACUUUGCGCUGUUUCCGGAUCGUGGAGUUGAAUGGAGUAGGAUAUUGGACAAACUGCUCCCCGUGGCACCUGUGUUUAAAUCUUGGAAUUACUCUGAGAAUAUCUCGUUUGAAUUAAAAAGUCGUCGUGUGAAUACUGGGACAAUUGUGGAAAUCGAGGAGAACGGAAAUAAGCUGGCAAUAGGGGUGAGCUUUACGAUUGGAAAAAUAUUACGUGGUCAUUUGAGUAAAAGUGGUCUUGUGUUUGAAAAAGGUUUUGAGCCAAUUGCGAAAAAGGGUCCAGUGAAAAUUGCUUUAAAAGAUGCAGUGUUUAUAUUGAAGAACGAUAAUGAACUUUAUCUGGUUGCGAACGGAAAGAAAGUAAAAUAUGAAAUAGCCAUGGCUUCUUGUAAAACAAUCAAGUGGAGUUAAAUCUUUGUUCUCACUGCUCGAAAUAUAAAACAUAUAUCCAACAAAUUAUGAGGUCGUAGUGUGGUUUCCAUAAGCCAAAUCUCAUUAGACCCUUGCUUCAGAAUUUUUUUUAAUCAAAAUUUCAUUUAACUUGUUAAAUAUUUCUUAUGGAUUUGUAUACAUUUAUACACACAAUUUUCUACUUCUUUUAUUAUAUUUAACUUAUAUUUCUUUUAUAACAUUCACGAUAAUUCAAUGUGUGAAUUUUUUUUAUGCGGAUUCGAUCGCCAGAGUUUCGGGCUAAGACGGCGGCAUUGUUUUGGCCAAUUUUUUUUCCUGAGUCAGAAUAAAGUCUAACAAAUUUUCGUAUUUUAAUACAUGCAUAACAAAUUAAGUUACUUAAACUUUCAUUGUUUUUUUUUUUUAUUUAAAGUUUCUUAGUUGUUGUUUUUACACGCUAUGUCAAGUUUGGUAAAUGAACACAAUUUUUUCAUUUCUCUGAUAUUUUACAUUUGUGUCUUAAUAGCACAUUGUUUUCGCAGUUGUGUCCAAGGUUUUUGCGGCCUCUUGAAAUUUGAACGAAAUGUCUUUGGCCGAGUUUGAUUAAUUUCUUUUUUUAUUUAUUUAUAUUUUAUAUUAAGUUGUUUUUUUUAAACACUUGCCCAUAUUUAAAAAAAAAUGGUUGUAAUGUUAAUGAUAAAAUAAAUGGUAAAUGCAA